AUGGCCACAGUACCGCCAAUGACGAGCGCUCCUUCGAGGAACACUCCGACAACCCCUUCGAGCAGCUCUAAAAUCAAGCCUGGCACGCUUCGCACGUCUCCUAGAAAAAGAAAACCCCAUAGAAGAGACAGCUCUCCAACUGCCACGGCUGUCGCCGUUCUGUCCCCAGUCCGCCGUCGGGAGGAGAUCCACGCUCGUCUCAAGAAGACCAGAGCUUACAAGGAGCGCCUUAUCGCGGAUAAGAGAGAAGCUGAGGAGGGCAUCGCUGAUGUGCAUGAGACUUACCGCGCGCAGCUGCUAGAGCUCAUCAAACACGAGCCCGAAGCGCAGAACGUCGCCUCUGCUCGUGACGCGUUGGCUGCGGUGCAAGCCGUCAUAACGCGUAUCCGAACACAAGCCGAGCAGGCGGAGAAGAAGGAGAAGAGCGCGGCCCGCCGCGCGACGAAGGCCGAGUCGAAGCUGGGUAAAUCGGAGGAAAGGAGUGCGGGACUUGAGCGGGAGCUGGACGAGGCUAAGCGCGAGCUGGGGCUCGAACGGAUGACUUUGGAUGCUGUUUUGGUUGCCUUGGAGGACGAGUAG